CUGCGUCCCAGUGACUUCUGUCUUGUCCCAUCCGUUGGGUGGGAGUGCCUCCUCGGUUCAGCCCCAAUCCCGCCGUCUGCCCUCCGUGUGCGCUCUCCCUGUGGCUCUGCGCUACACCCCUCCCCUGUCGCCACUCUCCCACUUUAUCCCCGCGGACCCCCACCUCCCGUCAUGCCCCCGCAACAGCUGUACCACAAAGAGUUCGCCCGGGCUGGCCUCCAGCCAGGCCUGCAAGUGUGGCGGAUCGAGAAGAUGGAGCUGGUGCCGGUGCCCACGGAACAGUACGGCAGCUUCUACGUGGGGGACGCCUACCUGGUGCUCUGCACCCGCCAGGGUUCCCGCAAAGACCUCGCCUACCGCCUGCACUUCUGGCUUGGGAAGGAAUGCACUCAAGAUGAGAGUGGAGCUGCUGCCAUCUUUACCAUGCAGAUGGAUGACUACCUUGGUGGAAAGCCUGUGCAGAGCCGAGAACUGCAAGGUUAUGAAUCCACUGAUUUUGUCGGCUAUUUCAAAGGAGGGCUGAAGUACAAGGUUGGAGGUGUGGCAUCCGGAUUCAAUCACGUCAUCACAAAUGAUCUGACUGCCGAGAGACUCUUGCACAUUAAGGGCCGCCGGGUGGUCCGUGCCACAGAGGUCCCCUUCAGCUGGGCCAGCUUCAACAAGGGAGACUGCUUCAUCAUUGAUCUUGGACUGGAAAUUUACCAGUGGUGCGGCUCAUUCUGUAACAAGUAUGAACGUCUGAAGGCCAACCAAGUUGCCAUGGACAUUCGGGACACCGAGAGGAAGGGACGAUCCCAAUUGAUUAUCGUGGAAGAUGGAAAUGAGCCCCCUGAGGUCCUCCAGGCUUUAGGAAAGAAGCCAGAACUGAGAGACGGAGUUGAGGAUGAUGACACCUUAGCUGACAUCAACAACAGAAGAAUGGCCAGGCUGUACAUGGUUUCUGAUGCCACUGGGACCAUGAGUGUGUCAGUAGUAGCAGAAGAAAAUCCGUUCUCCAAGGAGAUGCUGAAGUCAGAGGAAUGUUUUAUCCUGGACCAUGGGGCAGCAAAGCAGAUUUUUGUGUGGAAAGGCAAAGACGCCAAUCCCGAGGAGAGGAAGGCAGCCAUGAAGACGGCCGAAGAGUUCCUGCAGCAAAUGAAUUAUCCCCUCAAUACCCAAAUUCAAGUUCUCCCAGAGGGAGGUGAAACACCAGUCUUCAAGCAAUUCUUUAAUGACUGGAGAGGGAAUGAUGAAAGUGAAGGCUUUGGAAAGGUGUACGUCACUGAGAGAGUGGCCAGGGUCCAGCAGAUUCCAUUUGAUGUCCACAAGUUACACGAGUGUCCCCAGAUGGCAGCCCAGCACAACAUGGUAGAUGAUGGCUCUGGUUCUGUGGAGAUCUGGCGAGUGGAAAGUAAUGGCAGAAUCCCAGUGGACCCCAAAACUUACGGAGAGUUUUAUGGAGGUGACUGCUACAUUAUAUUGUACACCUAUGCCAAAGGACAAAUCAUCUACACCUGGCAGGGGGCUCAUGCCACCCGAGAUGAGCUGACCACUUCUGCUUUCUUGACUGUUCAGUUGGACCGCUCCUUAGGAGGGACGCCUGUGCAGGUUCGCGUCUCCCAAGGCAAGGAACCUGCGCACCUGCUGAGCCUGUUCAAAGACAAGCCCCUCAUCAUUUACAAGAACGGGACGUCCAAGAAAGGAGGACAGGCCCCUCCCGCCCCAACACGCCUCUUCCAAAUCCGCCGAAACCUCGGCUCCAUCACCAGGAUUGUGGAGGUGGACGUGGACUCGGAUUCAUUGAAUUCCAAUGAUGUUUUUGUCCUGAAAUUGCCCCGGAAUAAUGGCUACACGUGGAUUGGGAGAGGAGCCAGUGAGGAGGAGGAAAAGGGAGCCGAGUACCUGAGAAGCGUCCUGAAGUGCCAGACCACGAAGAUCCCAGAAGGCCAAGAGCCAGAGGAAUUCUGGGAUGCUUUGGGAGGGAAGAAAGCAUACCAGACUUCACCACUGCUGGAAACUCAGGUGGAAGACCACCCUCCUCGGCUCUUCGGCUGCUCCAACAAAACCGGCCGGUUUCUCAUUGAGGAGGUUCCAGGAGAAUUCACCCAGGAUGACUUAGCGGAAGAUGACGUCAUGCUGCUGGAUGCUUGGGAACAGAUAUUUCUUUGGAUCGGCAAAGAUGCGAAUGAAGUGGAAAGAUCAGAGUCCAUGAAGUCUGCCAAGGCCUACCUUGAGACAGAUCCUUCUGGGAGAGACCGGAGAACUCCCAUUGUCAUCAUCAAACAGGGAUCUGAGCCUCCCACGUUCACGGGCUGGUUCCUGGGAUGGGAUGCCAGCAAAUGGUAAACACAGCACAUUUGUGGGAGGAGAAAUCCUGGUCAGAGAUGAGUGUGUAAGGAUCACCACCUUGGGCACCGAGUCACUUGCAUUUGCUGUAUUCUCUUCAUAAGCCAGGACUUCCUCCACUGAUGGUGGGAAGGAUGACAGUGAGACUUUAAUAGGGAUGCCAGAUCAUUGGGUUAGAGAACAAGCUUUUCAAAGGUGGAAGUUAAGGCCUGACGAGCUAUGGGGUCAUGGGGUCACAAAGGGACUUUAGAGGCUGGGGAGUCAAAGCUUCUGCUUGUACAGGUGAGGAAAGGGAGGCCCAGGAGGUUCAGUGGCAGAGCCGGGGCUCGAGCCCAAUCCAGGACCUUGCCACUGCACUGUAUGGGCUGCAUCAGAAAUCUUCCCUGCCAGCACCUUGUAGAAAUGGAGAAUAUUCUGUGUGUCUGGUGGGCUUCAUCAGCUGGGAGAUCAUGGGCCUCAGUGGUGGCUGCCAAGCCCUGCCCAUGCCCAUCUGAAACCACUGGGAUGUCCUGUCCAGGUGACAUUGUUUUCCCAUAGAGAUCGCCUAGAAAAAUUCUGCCCAUAGUAAGUGCUUUAUGAGCGUUGAUUGAAUGGAAUGAUGUUUGCAAGAAUACAGAAUGAGGAAGAUUGAUUUCAUUAAGAUGGCUUAUUUUCCUUCUUUAUUCAAAACAAAUUUCUAUAUAAUUAUGCCAAACAUUUUCUAACAAGAGCAUCAUUUUCUAAUUAUUAGUCUAA